AUGGACCCGGAGAAGGUGAAAGCAAUAAAGGAAUGGGAAACCCCUACUAUUAUAAAGGGCGUCCGAGGAUUCCUGGGCUUUGCCAACUUCUACCGAAGGUUCAUCCCUAACUUCUCAGGGAUCCAACCUUCAACCCUUCCUACUGUACGGUAG